AGCCAGGAUAUUGAAGACCUAUUUGCCUCUGCAUCCACUACUCAGCUGUCAGAAAUGGCUGGAGCUAAACAACCACCCAGCCCCACUGCUGAGGAAGAGCCCAUGUCACCCUACCAUGCUGCUGAGCCCCCAUCCAGCCCCACUGCUGAGGAUGAGCCUCUAUCAACAGACCCUGCUUCAUGGCCCUCACCUCUGACUGACAGCAUGCACACUGAACUUGUUCGCCGAGGACCUAGUAAGUUGCCACCUGCCUUUAUCUUCCGCAGGAAUGAGAGUGAUGGGAGAAGUUGCCACCACCAUUAUUUUUCAAAAACAUUAGUUAGUGGUGAAAAGAUGACAAGAAGUUGGCUCAUUUAUUCCAUGGGAAACAAUAGCCUGUUUUGUUUUUGCUGCACACUGUUCUCAAAGAGGAGCAUUCAAUUAACAAGUGUCGGCAUGUCCGAUUGGAAGCAUGCCAGCACAUACUUAACUUCACACGAGAACAGCCCCGAACACCUCAACUGCAUGAUGGCGUGGAAGGAACUAGCAGUGAGGUUAAGGAAGGGGGAAACCAUUGACAAACAGGAAAUGGCACUUUUGGAUGCAGAAAGGGCAAGAUGGAGAGCAGUCCUUACCCGUCUGAUUGCUAUUGUGCAGUCAUUGGCUGUUCGAAAUCUUGCUCUGAGGGGGCACACGGAAACACUGCAUACUCCCUCAAAUGGCAACUUUCUUAAAGAGGUUGAACUUAUGGCAAAGUUUGACCCUAUAAUGAAAGACCACCUGAACCGCAUUGAGAGAGGAGCAAGCCACAACAGCUACCUAGAAAGCCAUGUCCAGAACGAGAUUAUUGGUUUGCUAAGUGACAACAUCAUGUCUGCCAUCGUGGCAGACAUCAGAAAAGCCAAAUUUUUCUCCAUCAUUUUGGACUGCACACCAGACAUCAGCCACAUCAAACAGUUAUCAGUGGUGAUUAGGGUGGUGCUGAUGGGCACACCACAGAUUAUGGAGCACUUUCUUGGAUUUUUGGAGGCAGAGGAGUCCACAGGGCAGCACUUGGCAUCAAUGGUCCUCAACAGACUCGAAGAACUGGGCAUACCUUUUCAAGAUUGCAGAGGACAGUCAUAUGACAAUGGGGCCAACAUGAGGGGCAAAUCAAAGGGAGUACAAGCCAGGCUCCUAGAGAAGAACCCCAGGGCUCUUUUUGUGCCAUGUGGGGCACACACAUUGAAUUUGGUGUUGUGCGAUGCUGCGAAGGGCUCUACUGAUGCCAUGAGCUACUUCGGUGUCCUGCAGAAGCUGUAUACUCUGUUCUCAGGCUCAACUCAAAGGUGA